AUGGAACUACGGGAUGCUGCCUCAUAUCCUCGGGAGUCAACAUCUAUCAGCGAUGGGGAAGAGCUUCUCCCAUUCCAAGCCACCUUCGACGCUAGCCAUGACUUCGGCAACGACUCCUUCGACUGGGAUGGUAGCCUUUCCUUGGAAUCCUGCUGUGUGCCAGAUAUCUUCCCUUUGCAACUUGCCUCGAGCACGGUGUUCGACGACAUAGGCAUGAGGUCCAGCGCGUCACCUGCUUCAGCUCAAGCCGAGACCGGCAGGAAACAGAAGAAAGAAACGUAUGCGGAUCUGAUAUACAAGGCGCUCAUCAGCCAAGACGCACAUCAAAUGACGUUAAAGGACCUCUAUCAGUGGUUCAUAGAUAACACCGAGAAGCCAAAGGAACGGCAACGAGGCUGGAAGAAUAGUGUCCGCUCCAACCUUAGUCUGAACCAGGCCCGGAGCAAGAACCUUAGACGUCCCGCAAGCCGUAUCGACCCCCAAUCUUCAGAUGGCGUCUCAUCCUACUCGUUACAGAAUCAACUGUUGGCCGAGCACAUCCCUGACUUCCAGAAAUGGGGUUCCACAGCCACCAUCCAGGCUUCCUAUUCCAUGAUGUGGGAUGCAGCAUGGCCUCUUGGGAGUUCCAAGUACGAGCCUGCGUGGAUCGAUUUGGAGACGCAUCUGCCAUGGUGCUGUGCGUUUUCCCCUUCCCUUGGGCUGUGGUAA